AGAUGGUUCGACAUAAAAACAGGUACUUGGUACUGGAAAUAAAUGAAAUUGGCAAGACAGACACCCCUCUGAAAAUAAAAGAAGUGUCACUUUUUGAGUCAAUACAAAACGAAGUGAAGAAAUUGCAUGGCGACUUUGGAGUAGCAGCUAUAAGGACUGGAUUUCUCUCGAAAUACAUCAAUGAACAUUCAAGAACAGCAGUCAUCAGGUGUAGGCACGGUCCUCACAAAUUUGUGUCUAGUUCCAUACCUUUUGUCAAACAAAUAUUCAACAAGAAUGUUGUGAUAAGUAUUCUUUAUAUCGGUGCCUCCAUUAAACAAUGCUUUUCAUUUCUCAAAAAUUACCAGCAGAAAAAGUUCGACGAGUACUGUGUUACACUAAAAACUGAAGAAGAAAGAAACGAGCUGAAAGAUGCUAUGCUGAAUUUGGAUAGUGCUUUAUCAAAACUGUAAUACAGCAACUCCAUGAGUUGUGUUUAGGUGGAAUUUGAAAAUAUGACAUCUGAGUGAUAUUUGUGAGUCAUGAACGUUAUUUUGAUAGAAGAAAUAGCUGCCAGGAUUUAACAUGCUUUUUGAGACGAUCUUUUUGAUUCUCAACCACAUACAGUUGUGAUAUCAGGUAAUUUGAAAUAGAUACUGGUCAAGAGAAAAACUCA